AGAAAAUCCUUAUGUCGGCAUCAAAAAUUAAAUGAACGUUUGCCAACAUUUGUGUUUUCGGUGUUUUCACCCCGCCCCGGGCCGAGUACGGGUUUGGCGCCCGCCCUGAGUUUUGCAGUGUAACCACUGGAGCAGCUCCUCUAGUAUCUGGUAACCACAGAUCUGUACAAGCGCAUGCAAAUUAUCAAGAUGGACGAUGGAAAACAAGUGAAUGGCUCUGAAAGUAAAGUAGUAAAAGUUGAAGAUGUAAUGGGAAGUCAUAUUGAAGACCCAGUUACUUUCUGGGGUCAGAAUAUUGAAUUAAUUCAAGACCUCCUUAAGGUGUCCACUGCUUUGACAGAAAUUUGCCCAUUUGCUGCUAAAGUAUUUGGGGACCCUGUCCCUGAGAAGAUAUAUGGUGGAUUGUAUUCUGAAGACCAAUGUUGGUAUAGAUGUAAACUGAUAAAAAUGAUGACCAAUGAAAAGUGCCUGAUGACAUAUGUCGAUUAUGGAAAUUCUGAAACUCUAAAAAAGCCAUGUAUUGUUGAACUUCCAGAAGAUUUACAACGUCCAGGUUUAGCCAGCAAGUUCAGACUUUGGGGUCUUCAGGUUCCACCGAAGCAAGAUGUCACUCCAUUUGACCAGGGAAGAAGAUUUCUGGCCAGUUUAAUUAAUGAUAAAAUAAUUAGAAUCAACCACAGAGAUACAGCUCAUGAUGGAACCUUUCUUGUUGAAGCUGAGAGUGAUGCUCUCAACAUUGGCCAGGAGGUUGCUGAUAAGGGGUUUGCUGAAAAGUACAAUGUGGUUCCGAUCUACAACCUUGAAAGAGUAAAGAGUACUGCAGCCACACUGAUCAAUGGCAGUAAAGCAGAAGUGGUUCAGGGACUAAGCAAUGGUUCACAGAAAGUGAAGAAUAUUCUGGACUCAAAAAAUGAUUAUCUUGGAAUUAAAACAAAAGGUCGAAUGAAAUCCAUACAACAUCGAAGCAGAGAUAUAAAGAUGGAUGGAAAAAAUGCCCUUGUGCAUGCAUUGGAGAAAAAAUCACUGACCCACUGUUGUUCAGGACAGAUGCAGGACAUGAUCAAGAUACAACAUGAUCAAAGAUUACUGGAAGAUCAAAAUGAAAACUUGAGAACAAAAAAUGUCUCUUAUCUCCAGAACUGCCAGUUGCUGGAAAGGCAGCUUAAGCAGCAGCAGCUGGAAUUGAAAAAAAUGGAGGAAGAAUUAAAACAGCAUCAAAAGGCAGAAUUGAAAUUCACAGAUGAUCUGAAGCAUGCUGUUGAAACAAAGCUCGGGUGUUUGGCAGAGAAGAUUGAGAAACUCAAACAGUUUAGGAGUGAGUUGAAUGAGAAUCGUUUCGGAGAUGACCUUUCUGAUGCAAUGAAAGUUAUAACUGAGGGAUCUCUUCAAACGCCACAGUCAAUGAAGAGUCUCGAAAAUAUUUGGAAUGAAUACGACUUGGCCCAGGAAGCACUUAGAAAAUGCAAAUCAUUGGAGGAUGUGCACGCCCUCAUUGACAAGCGUAAUGAGUUACGCAACGCACUCUACGCUGCAGCUGACGAGUUCACCUCUGAAAUAGACACGUUGUCCAUCCGAGAUCGUGUAAAUGUUCUGAAGUCUUUAACUUGUUCAAUGAAUGCUGCAUACGGCCCACAUGAGAUUGAGCACAAUUCAUACCAAAUGUUUGAUCGGUUUAUUGAGUGGAGAAACAGUAAACUACAGGAGUUCAACGACGUUAAACAUAGAACAGCCAUAUCUCUGCAGGUGCUUGCAAAAUGGUUUGACAAAACAGUGAAGAUUUUUGAUCUGAACUCCAGAGCCUCCUCACCCUCAAUAGGGGACAGCAAAAGUGUUGAUGAAAUGCUGGAUGAAGCAGAGCGUGACGUAUGCAGAGAACUUGACAUUUCAACCACAGUAGGCAAUCAUACAAUUAUGCAAAAAUGUGAACUUGAUAAGAAGAUAAUCCAUGGUGCCUUCAAUGAAGUGAUGCAAAAGAUCAACCAGGAACACAGCCUACUUUUGAUUAUUGAAAAUAGAUAUGCAGAUAGUGUACAGUUUAAGAAACAAGCUGGGCAAUGGCUUAAUACUUAUCCCAGUGUUGGAAAUCUGCUGUCAAUCAAAAGAUCGGUGAAGAAUCUUAAAGCUCAACUGAGAUGGAAACUGGUUGAAAAGAACAAUAUAGAAGAUUUGGACAAUUAUGAUGAUUUGAAGGUUCAGAAGAUGAAGGAAGAAAUACAGAAACUUCGAGAUAACAUCUAUGAAGAGAUCUGCUGUGAAAAAGAAGAAUAUGAGAGGCUUGACAAUAUUGUUCAGCGUUGGUUUCCUGAGCUUCCUCUGCUCCAUCCUGAAGCGGCAAUCAAAAGUUACAUGCAAUCUGCCGGACUACUCACCGAGAGCCUGGAGCGUGAUUUGUUUGAUCCAGAGCCCAUGAGAGAAUUGAGCAGCAAGCGAUCAUUGGUGUGCUCUGAAGUUAAAUCCAAGAGAAUUCUCUUAAAGGGCUAUUCUGUGGAUUUUGCCACUGAGGCCAACAUGAUCGAAAGGGCAGCUGCAUAUCACCGAGCUUGGUCUGUGUUGAAGGAAAACUCUGGACUUCUACCAAUUCUGUACCUGUUUGCUUGCAAAUCUGAGCCAGUAGCAUAUGUCAUGUUACCCUUUUAUCCAGGAUGUAGUCUGAAAACUGUGCAGGACACCAACCCCCUAAACUCAGCGGAGGUAAUUAAAGUAAUGCGAGGCGUUGCAACAGGAUUACAGACACUUCAUAGCUCAAAUAUUGUUCACGGCGCCCUCCAUCCUCAUAAUGUGUUUGCUGUCAAUCGUGAACGUGGUAUCGUUGGAGACUUCGAUUUUACCAAGUCUGCUGAUCAACGUAACAUUGUCGGCUGGAUGGUGGCUGAUAAAGUGAAUCUUAUAGCCCCAGAGGUCAGAAGUGGCCAGUCUGCUACCCUUGCAUCCGACGUGUUUGCUUUUGGACACCUGCUUUUGUGGUUGAAUUUUCCGAAGAAUGAUUUCGCAGCAAAACCUGAUGGCACUGUAGAUUUUAGUGAGCUAAGUAUGGAUCCUAAACUGUGGAGCUUGGUGUCAAGGUUAACAUGUUUCAGCCCUGUUGACAGGUUGGAAGUUGACCAGUUGAUAAAGGAUGGUUAUUUUCUGGCAAUUUAGACUGACACCUUUCAGAAAACGAGUACCUCAAUGCUGCAUGAAAACAAUGUGGUCAGCGUCUGUGGAUUAACCCAAUUCAGAAUUGCUUGGUGAAACAGCAGCAUAAGACCUUUCCCAAAUUUAUAUUUUAUUGUUCCAUUUUCAUCAUUGUUUUAAAUGUUUUGUUUCAUCAAGUGCUUCUGGUGACUUCAUCAGGCUAAUAAAGAUUAUGCAGAACCCAAGAGGCUGCCUUUAGUUGCUAAUACAAUUUUGAGGAAAUGUUUCUCAUGAAUUACAGCAGUGAAGUUCUUGUUUCUUGCUUUUUUUUAAAUUCCUGUGAUUGCUGUUUAAUUUAAGAAAAAUAAAGAUAUUUUGGGGGAAAAAAUUCUUGAAAAUAAAUAGCUCAAUUUAUUGCUCAUUAUUCAGUGGCCAGUUUUUCAUCUGUGAUAAACAAUUAUAAAGCAGAGCAAAAUACAAAGAGCUGGAGAAAAUCAAUGGGUUAGUCAGCAUCAGGGGAAGGAAUGGACAAGGAUAUUGUAGUCUCUGGUGAUUCCAAUUAUAAAGAAGGCCAUGUACCAGUAGAACUAUUUAUAAUGUUAUCUGUACAAUGACCAAGUGAAAACACUGACAGCCUGCACUCAGCAAGUUGCUGAAGAAGUUUCCGCUGGUACUCUAACCUGGUGAUGUAGAGAAUUGAUUGACAUUGGUACUUGUUUUUGCCUUCAAUGACAGACUUGGAUUGCUUUAGUUUAACGUGUAGUUUAUGUGGAACCUGGAACAUUUCUGCCUAAGAGCAAGGGAGAAUGUUCGACACGCCUAUAUACCACUAAACCUAAAGAUUGCAAUACUGAACAAAAUCAAUUGAUAAAAGUACAAACCCUUGAGGAGGAAGAAGAACCAUAUUAAUUUGUUUCAAUUUAUACUAGUGUUCAAAGUUUAUCUAUUAAGGCUGUUCUUUCUUUCCUGUAGCAAUGCACUUAAUAAAGAAAUAAAAUUGGCUUGCUC